AUCCGCAGCUGAGACAUCCUGUUGUCCUUUUGGGAGCUUUUAAAAAAAUAAAUAGCUUAUAAUAGCCAAAGUGCCUUUAAACGCACCAUGAAGCCGCAGCUGGCUGGGACCAGAGCAGCCGGAUCGGAGGUGGCUCCGUCUCUGCAGGAGGAGCUGGCUGCAGCCAUCCACGGGGCGUUUGAAGUGGCUGUGGAGAUCGCAGUACGAGAGGUGACGAAGCUUGUAGGUCAGGCGACAGAAGACGUCUAUGCAGAGAUGCGACGAGAGACAGAGUCCCUCAAAGAGAGGCUGCAGAGGGCUGAAGGUCUGCUGGAGGAGAGAGGUGGUGGAUCUCUGUCUGCAGAGGACACUGAUCAAGCUUUACUCCAUCAGUACAAUCAGAUGAACUCCAAUCCCAAAGUGCACGGCUGCUCGGGGGUCAGAGGGGACUCACACCAGCCUCCUGAGCACCAACACAAGCAGGAGGAGCAGAGGUCAGACUGUGAUGGAGAGACUCAACAUGACAGUGAUGGUGCUUCAGAGGGACAUGGAGGUGAUGGAUGUGCUGUUGCUUGUGAUGCCUUGACUCAAGCAGUCAGUGAAGAGAUCUCUCGUCUAUGUGAGGUGAGGGUAGAAAGCGUUCACCAGCCGUGUGCAGAGCUGGCCGCUCAAGAUCACAACUCGCAACCUCUCCCCAGCGUGGAUGGCGAGUCCACCUUAAAGCAGUUUAUUAUAAAGCAGGAAAAGCCGGAGGAGGAGGAGGGAGAUGAUUCGGCUUGCUGUUUAGACUCGAUCAAAGUGGAGGACUUUAGCCCGGAGUGUAUGACAGCGGCCCAGUCCAAAGUGCUGGAAGAGUGGAAACCAGAAGUGCUGGACAUUCAGUGCCGAGACGCAACCGCUUCUCUUUCCUGCAGCAGGCUGGCUCAGGAGUUCCCAAACAUUUUCCAGUUGGCAGAACCAGCACCCGUCCCAGAGGCCACUCAACAGGUUUAUGGAGUCCAUGUUCGAACCAGCCGCAACCUAGGCCACACCUUCACCAACCUCUACGCCUGCAAGUCUUGCGGUCAGACGUUCCACCUGCCCAGCUUGCUGCGGCGGCACCACAGCCAGUGCCAGCAGAGGCUCCAGCAGCUCUGCCAGCAGCCCGCGGACGGAACCAAGAGGACCAGAUUGCAGCUUUACCCGCCGGGCUGCAGCCCCUUCCGCUGCACAGUGUGCAACCGGGAGUUCAACCGCAUGGAGAACCUCAAGACUCACCUGCGCAUCCACACAGGAGAGAGGCCGUACACCUGCUCCGUCUGCUCCAAGUGUUUCAGACACUCCGGGGCGUUAACCAGACACUUCCGCAUCCACACCGGGGAGAAGCCUUACAUCUGCGGACAAUGUGGGAAGUCCUUCAGAAACUGUGGGGGGCUUAAAUUCCACCAGCGUUCACACAGCAAGCAGCUACAGUAGCCACACAUUAUUUUUUAUGUGAGACUGUAAUAGCUUAUAGUUUAUAAGGCUGAAUAUGUUUGUAUCAUUUUUAUUUAAAAGUUUGAAGUAGGAUCAUACUUACUUUAUAAAUAAUUUGCCCACAUACAGAGUGUUGGUAUUUAAUCUCUGGCUGUUCCAUAAACUGUCAGAUAGCAGUGGAACAUUUAAUUACUCUCCUGGCUGCACUGUUUCACAUGUUUCUGACCGGUCUUCCCUUUGAGAUCACAGAUAUUGAUUUAAGAGCUCUCAGUCAGAAAGAAGAACAUUUAAGUGCAAUCAUGUUGAGGUCAAACAUAAAUUAUUGUUACUGAAACAAGUACAGUAAGCUGUAUUUCAGUGAUUUUCUAUGAAUCCUUAUCUUCUCAUUAGUAGAAAAGUAAAAAGACGACAUAGAUGCUGUCGUGAUCAGCCACUACUGUAUACGAUGGCUCAGUAGCAAAAGUGUGGAACCUUUCAGUGUAAAGUGCCAUGUUUUUCUAACUUUUUUUAUGAUGGUUAUACAAGAAAGUUGAAGACCGUUUGUUUCUUAUUCAUGCCAGUAUUGUUGUUCUAAUUUGUUUUCAAAUAUGUAUUUUAUUUGGACAUUAAUUAAAUCAAUUACUUGUGGAAAUUGCUCAGAAAGUGGAUAAAGUAUGUCUCUUUUACUGUACCAAAAUACUAUGAAAGGCUGUGCCUGUGUACCUUGAAAUGGAUACAAUUUCCCUCUCAAUUGAAAACACAGCUUUAAGAUCAGGGGGCUUUACAGUAAAACACAGGUCAUCAAAUGGUCUGCAGUUGAGUUUCUGUUUAGUGUUUGUGUGUGACUUACUG